UCUAGCUGCACACUGUCAAUUUGCGCUGUGUAACUUCGCAAGUAUCUGUGCCUGUCCCCCUGUGUGAUGUGAACUACACGGAGGACAUUUGACGCUACAGUAAACAGUGCUGCUUUUCGAUGUCUCUCCAGAUCCUCAUUCAAACAAGGGAAACGGGCGUUUUUGUGAGGUUACCGCUGCGGUUUGGAGAUACAAACUGUCUGUCAUACCAUCACAGAAUGCGCGAGGAUGGACACGCAGCAACGAAAAAGGCUCUUAUGAUUGACUUCCAAAGGAACAUGGGAACAUUUCACAAGAGAUGGAUGUUAAUGGACACACCAUGGGACCUUCAGAAAAAGUAAUGGGAGAGCCUGCUGAAAGAACCUUUACUAAAACCUCUCCAUGGUGAUCAUUUCACAAGGAUUAAUGACAUGUUCUCCAUCUAGCCUCUUUUUUAUUUUCUCUUUUGACCAUGAAUGUAUGGUUUAUAGACUGACCAUGAAAUAUCGUAGAGGCAUGUGACACAAAUGACCCACCAUGCUAGACCAAAGUGGGUUACAGCGUAACUGUCACAGUAAAGCCAGAAUGAAGCCUCUCAACUCAGUUGGCUUGAAUAUGGCUUGAACUGGAGCCAUAGGCAGCUCAGCCAGUUCUGAUGAUUAAAUAAGUCUCUGAGGAAGCAAAGAGACCAUGUGUAACAUCUCAACCUCGUGCAAUGUCGACUCGAACAUAGACCAGUUUUUCCAGCCGGCGCUGUAUAUAAUAGUAAUUGUACUUGGCUUCCCCACCAACUGCAUGGCCCUGUGGGCCGCGUACAUGCAGGUGAAACAGAAAAAUGAGCUUGGUAUUUACUUGAUGAACCUCUCCGUGGCCGACAUCUUGUACAUAGCCACUUUGCCACUUUGGAUAGACUAUUUCGUGCAUCACGACAACUGGAUUCACGGCCAGGUGUCUUGCAAGCUCUUCGGUUUCAUUUUCUACACCAACAUUUACGUCAGCAUCGCCUUCCUUUGCUGCAUAUCCGUGGACCGUUACUUGGCUGUGGCUCAUCCGCUUAAAUUUUCCAAAGUCCGUCGGAUCAAAACCGCCUUGGUGGUCAGCGUCGUUGUCUGGGUAACGGAAAUUGUGGCUAACUCCGCCCCUCUCUUCCAUGACGAACUUUUUAAGGACCGCUUUAACCAUACCUUCUGCUUUGAGAAGUACCCUAUGCAGGACUGGGUGGCCGGUAUGAACCUUUACCGCACUUUUCUGGGGUUCCUCGCGCCUUGGGGGGUGAUGCUGGCUUCGUACAGAGGGAUACUGAGAGCCGUUCGCAGUAACGUCUCCACUGAGAGACAAGAGAAGGCCAAAAUCAAGAGGCUGGCCCUCAGUUUAAUCCUCAUUGUGCUCCUCUGCUUUGCUCCCUACCAUGUUCUCCUGUUGUGGCGUAGUGUGCUGUUUCUCAGCAAUCCCUGCGACUGUGGUGCAGAGGAGGACUUGUUCGGUGCGUAUCAUGUGACUCUUGCCCUCACCAGUCUCAACUGUGUGGCAGACCCCAUCCUCUACUGCUUUGUCAAUGAGGGGGCCCGUCACGACGUGGGCCGGGCUCUGACCACCCUCUUGGGUUUUUUCCAUCGAAAUCAAAAGGAUGCACUGAUGGGGACGUCCAUCACCGUGGAGACGCCCCUAGCGUUGAAUAAGCCUGACUUCUAUGGUGAGGUAAAGGCUAAUGGCUACAAAACUGACAUUGAGGUGCUUAGGGACGAGUGUCUUCAACUGACCAUUCUCAGUGUUAAAAAGCGUAAUGAAAUAUAGAUUACAAGAGAUAAUUCACCUGAAAAUGACUUUCUUUCUCCUGCAGAACACAAAGAAAGAUUUUUUGAAGAAUGUUGGUAACCAAACAACAUUGAACCCCGUUGACUUCCAUUGUAUGGGCACAAAACCAAUGAGACAUUUCUCAAAAUAUCUUCUAUUGUUUUAUUUACGUUUUAAAUGACGUGAAGGUAAAUUUUUGUCUAUGGGUGAACAAUCAGAAGCCCAAAACAUAUUUGAACAUAUAAGCCAAAAAAACAGUUGGAAUUGUGUCAUACACAAAAUAUCUAACAAAGUGUUCUGCAAACAAAUUAUGCUUAACUUUCCCCUGAAUCAGUGUAUUUACACAUGUUUACAUUUACUUUUAACCAACAUUUUCAUUAUAGUUCUCUAGCAAGUAACUACUGAUUUAGUUUAUUAUGCAUAUACAGUUCAUAAAGUGUACCCGGUGUCUUUAAAUAAAUGGCAAAUGAUUGGAUAUUUUGUUAUUCAAUGCAUAGUCAUACAGUACUCUUAAAUGUGAACAUGGUGUAAAUGCUGUUUCGGGCCACUACUGUAUAUGUGAAGGUGCACUUUCACAAACUCUAAAAACAGCUAUGUACACCUCAUGUUUUUUUUCUGAAACAUUGUCUAUGAUAAAACCUGAUCUGUCUUUUCCUGAGGAUGAGGAUAAAUCAAUAUCCGCAAAACGCUGAUGUCAAUUUCCCUUCUCCUUUUAAAUGUUUUCUAUGUGCAAGCAUGUCUGCCAUUUGUGUGUCAUUUUAGAUUUUACUGUAAGUAUAUUCUGCCACAGCAACUGUUUAUUGUAAGUUCAGUUAUUUAUAUUCCAGCCAUCACAGUCAACACAAAUACGGACCAGGUGUGACUGUUGUAGACUUAUGAUAUAUCAAAUUCUCCCAAAACACUGUAUAAAGCCUUCGGUAGAAGAGAUAAAUGUUUCUCUCAACUGUCUCAUGUUCGAUUUAAUCCUCCUUGUUAAGUGAUCCACAAACACCCAAAAAUGGAAAGUGUUUCCAAACAAUGGGCUUUGCAGUUGUUUACAUUUGUCUUCAGCAGUUCUCCAUGUUUCAGCAUAGCAAACUGUAAAUUCUGAAUGUCAACAAAGUGCAAUGUAAUGAAAUGAUUGUUAUGCCAAAAUAA